CGAAAAAUAUUCGAUUUUAAUCGCGAAGCGAUAGUAAAUUAUGUUUCUACUUUGGAAUCUUUCAUAUUUGAUAGCAUAUGCGAUCGUUCUAUGGGAUACGUCACUGUGUUAUCACGAAGGAUAUACGACCGAAAGUCCGUGCAAAUUUUUGGCAAACAAGCAACCGACGAUAUCGGCGAUGAAAUUAAUUUUGUAGAGUGCAGCAUAAAGAACGCCUAUUUAAGGAUUCUCGUUUGUUUGCGAGACUUAACGUUUUAUCUGCGACGCUGUAAAUCAGGUUGACACCACGCUGAAUCGGCCUAACAUAUAGUAUUGCAUUACACGUCAUCAUUGUCAGUGGGCACGUAAAUUUCGUUCGGUACUUUUCCAAAUUCCAACGAGAUCGUUGUAUUAUAUUAUUAGAUACAUACAUGAUUAGAUCGUGGACGCGUAAACGACAGUUUCCGAAAUUUAGUCUUAUUGCUGGCACAGUGCAUUAUUCCAAAUACUAAUGCGGGACUCAGAUCGUUGUACAGUGACAAGAGAAUAAUUAAAAUAUAUUGAAUUUUCAGGAUGACUGUCAAUGGCACGGAAACGAAUUUCGCGGGUCACGAGCUGAAGGAACUCACUUUCGGAUGGACGGAUUAUACCCUAUUCGGUGGUCUGUUGGGCGUCAGCGUCGUAAUCGGCAUCUACUUCGGUUUCUUCAGUAGUUCGAAGCAGGACAAUACCACCGAGUACUUACUCGGCGGCAAAACCAUGUCCUUUUUACCGAUUAGCAUGAGCCUGAUAGCGAGUCACAUAUCGGGAGUUUCUUUGCUCGGCGUGCCCUCCGAGGUAUACCAAUACGGAACUCAAUACGCGGCAUGUAUUUUUACGUCCUUCAUCAGCUGUUUCAUAAUCGUAUGCGUAUACCUGCCAGUGUUUUACAAGCUGCAGCUGACGAGCACUUUCGAAUAUCUGGAAAUUAGAUUUGCCAGGCCAGUCCGACAAUUAGCGUCUUUUCUUUACACCCUUGCACUGGUGGCCUACGUGCCGUUGAUAAUCUACGUGCCGGCGUUAGCCUUUUCGCAGGCGACUGGAAUGAAUUUGCAUUACGUCGCGCCGGUGAUAUGCAUGGUGUGCAUCUUCUACACGACCAUCGGAGGUCUGAAGGCUGUCGUAUGGGCGGAUGCGGUUCAGAUGACGGUGACUGUCGGAAGUCUCAUUGCCGUUGUGAUACUGGGAACGAUUGCCGUGGGCGGCGUCGGCGAGAUUUGGAGAAUAGCGCAGGAGGGUGAUAGAAUUGUGUUUUGGAAUAUGGAUCCCAGUCCUUUCACUAGAAAUUCGUUUUGGGGCAUGUCAGUGGGAAUGGUAAUGACAUGGCUAGCUGGGUUGGGCAUCAGCCAGGUUUCUAUGCAAAGAUUUCUGGCAGUGCCUACUAUUAAGGAAGCACAAAAGUCGAUAUGGUUCCUCGCUGUGGGCCUAGUGUUCGUAAAACUGAUGUCCGUUUUCACCGGCCUCACGAUAUACGCCAGAUAUCACAAAUGCGAUCCCAUAGCUGCACACGUGGUACCAAGGAGCGACAAGAUAUUGCCGUAUUACGUGCUGGACGUAGCCGCGAACGUUCCAGGACUUCCUGGCCUCUUUCUCGCCGGUCUCGUGAGCGCCAGUCUCUCGACGAUGAGCGCCGGACUGAACACAGUCACCGGCACGAUUUAUGAGGAUUUCAUCGAUCCCUGGAUGCCAGAGAGCAACGACAAAGAGGCUAAAGCCGCCAACAUUAUGAAGGUCACGGUAGUAAUCCUGGGCAUCCUGUGCGUGGGCAUGGUAUUCCUCAUGGACCGUCUUGGUGACAUCUUUCAAUUAUCUCUGAGCCUGACCGGUAUCACCGCCGGUGCUAUGUUGGGUCUGUUCUCGCUGGGGAUGUUGGUGCCCUGGGCGACGACCAAGGGGGCGGUGGUUGGUGGAUUGGUCUCGAUGGUGACGUUGAUCUGGAUCAUCGUCGGCGCGCAAUGGCAUAUGGCCAAUCGUACUCUCUACUACGAGCCACUUCCCUCCACGACGGAGGGUUGUAUGAACGUGCCCAGUCUGUUUAACCAAACGACGACCACGCAGAAUCUGAUGCAAGUCGAAGCUGCGGACGAACCUUUCUUCAUGUACAGGAUAUCCUUUAUGUAUUAUACGCUGUUGGGGGCCCUAAUCGUGAUGGUGAUCGGUACGAUAGUCAGCUUCAUCUGCGGCGCUCCUGAUUUAAGGGACAUUGAUCCAGAUCACUUCCCACCGUUCAUGACUAGAUUCGUGCUACCAAAAAAAUAUAUGGAAGUGUCGUUGCAUACGGUGCCCACAGCAUUGGUAACUAAUCCAGAGAAAGAAGAACUGAAAUCUUGAAACAUGUGCAUUUUAUAUUUUACUCUGACCUUAUUAUCUCUUCUCGCGAUUUUAUAAGACUUUAUUACGUUAAAACACACGCACACACAUACAUGAUAAAUGCGCUUUUGGAAAAUCGUUCGAUUACAAAUCCUAUGAUCUCUGUAAUAAUAUUGCAUACUCCAUACACCGAAUAUAUUGGUAUGUUUAAAAAAAAAAUAUAUA